AUGGCUCAGAAAGCUGGUAGCAAGUACCAGGUCAAGCCCGUCAAAAGGACAGAGAUCGAAGAAUUGUCAGCCAACAAAGAUGAGAUAGAGGUGGCCUCAAGCUCUAGCUCCGAGAGCGACAUCAACGCCGAAAGUGAUGUUGAAUUAAGUGAAGACAGCGAAUCUGACUCAGAAGACGAGCAAGACCAAAUAAAAGGAUUGGAAGACAACCGCAAGCAUGUUAUAAUAAAGCCCGCCAGAAUAAUAGACACCAGCAAGAGCAAGGGUAAGAAGGGAGUCAUAUACUUGGGCAGAAUCCCUGACGGGUUCUACGAGGCAGAAAUGGAAAAAUACUUCAAGCAGUUUGGAGAAAUAACCAGAGUGAAGUUAUCCAGAAACAAGAAAACCGGAAAGUCCAAGCAUUAUGGGUUUAUUGAGUUCACCAGCGUCCAAGUAGCCAAGGUUGCCAGUGAAGCCAUGAAUAAUUAUCUUUUAUAUGGCCACUUGAUCAAAUGUUAUGUGGUGGACAACCCCAGUGAUUUGAUGUUCAGCCAGUCCAAGUUUAAGAUCAUUCCUUGGAGAAGUGUUAGCAAGCAUCGUAACGACAAGCCCAAAAGCCAGCAACAUUGGGAUAAGUUAAGUAAGAAAUUUGAGUCCAACCAACAAAAGAGAAAGUCGGGGUUGCAACAAAAGGGCAUUGAUUUGGGUUACUUAGAUUAG